AUGGACAUCAUAAAUCCAUAUGGAGGAUGUAGCAUAGGAAAAUUAAUAGCAAAUCCAUUAAUACCAGAAGAUGACACAAUACCAACUACUAGUAAAGAUGACAUGUAUAUAGACCAAUAUCAGAUUCCUGGAAAUAUACCCUCUAAUUAUAUAUUGGUUAAUCAGUCACCAUCAAAUGAUUCUUCUGAUUACAUAUUGGUUAAUCAGAUACCUUCAAUAUCAUCAAGUGAUUCAUUAUCAUCAAGUGAUUCAUUAUCAUCAAGUGAUUCAUCUGACACAAUGAAGUAUUUGUCAAUAAACAAGUCUAUAGAUUCAGUAAACCAGUCAUUAGAUCCAAUGUCAUUGUCUAAUUUAAAACAUUUGACACCUAUGUUAAAUAAGUUGACCUCAUCAAUAUUACAAGCUUGUUCUUCUGAUCGUUUGGAUAACCCCCAACAAGAACAAAGAAUUCAUCAGUCACUACCGCCGGUAUUAUCGCUGGCACCAUCAAAGCAAAGAUUAUUAAAGAUGUGUCGAGAGAUAAAGUCGAUAUCAACAUCAAUAAAUCAACUCACUCCUGAUGAACAAAUAGAUAUAGGACAUAUCUUAGUAGAAAUAUUACAAAAUAAGAUAUCCAUGCUUUCAGAGAUAUUGAAUCACAAUCAGCCUAAGAAACUCCCACUAAAUCAACAACCACAGCAAGUAAUACCAUUGAAUCAGCAAGUACAACAAAUAUCUCAACAACUACCACUACAAUAUCAAGCAUCAUCACAAUUAUUAGAACAACAACCAUCACAACAACAACAAGCAUCAUAUAUAGACCAACAAAUACCACAAGUAUAUCGACAAGCACCACAACAACAAGUACCACAAGUGUACCAACAAGCAUUACAACGACAACAACAACAAGUACCACAAUUGUACAUACAAGUACCACGACGACAACAGCAAGUAUCACAAGUAUACCAACAAGUACCUCAACAACAACAAGCAUCCCAAAAACAACAUAUAUCAAUACCAAAGAAAUAUAAAGUGUAUCAACAAUCACAAGUACCGAUACUAAAUCAACAAGUACUGCAAGUACCACAACAACAACAACAGAACCAGGAUCAAGUAAUUCAGGAUCAAGUAACUCUGAACCAAGAAAUUCAGGAUCAAGUAAUUCAGAACCAAGAAACAGCACAACUACCAUCACUAUUGAUCAACAACAAUUACAACAUAUGCAAACUGAGCAACAACCACAAUCAGAACAACACCCCUCAUCUCAACAACAAUCCUCAUUAA